ACAAGCGGCCGCCUCCAAGGCAUCGACCGCCAGCGGCACCUGUUCCGCCACCCCCUCCGCCCUUCGCCGAUCUCCUUGACUUCCGCCUUCCCCCAUCUCCCUUCCGCCUGACCGCCAGUCAAGCGACGGCCCUCUAUCAUAGCCGCAAUCACAGCGCCAUUCCCCCCACCUCUUGUUCUCCGCCAGACCGUUUCCGCCACUAUCGAUAUCUCCGCCGCCAUCCCCGCGCCAUCGCGCGACACUCGCAUUCCCCACCAAUCCGCGCCAUCGCCCGCCACCCACCACCACCCCCUGCCAUCACCGAUCUCCCCGCAAGCGCGCGGCGCCAUGUCGUUCAUGCGCGGCAAUCUGCUGCAGAAGGCGCGCCUGCUGAUGCGCGGCGGCAUCGUGGACACGCCCAAGUGGCUCGACGCGCUCUCCAAAGUGCCCCCGCAGCCCAAGGCGCGGCGGUGCCCCAAGGCAAGGCGGAUCGAGCUGGCGGAGGACCCUCUGGUGGAGUCGUAUUAUGCCCGGCACCCUGAGGCCAAGCUGCAGGCGUACAGGCUGCAGGGCUUUGACCCGCCAGUGGCGCGGCGUUUUGCGUGGCGGCAGCUGGAGCUGAUGCAGCAGGGCAUGCGAAGCGGCAGGCCAGAGACGCCGUGGAGAUCCCAUGGUCCGCGGACUUCCUCCUCCUUGUCGUCGUCGUCCUCCUCCUCCCGUGCCCUCUUCCCCUUCCCCUUCCCCUUCCCCUUCCCUUUCCCCGAGCCCUUUUCCUUUCUCGAACGCUUCACGGUGGAGGUCUUCCUCUUCCUCUUCUUCCUCUCGCGGAUGCUCCCAAAGGACUCCCAAUCGAUAGUGCACUCAACCGCUCCCUCCACCUCCUCCUCCUCCUCCACCACCUCCUCCCCCUCCCCCUCUUCCUCUUGGGAGGCGGGUGGUGUGGGGCCAGAGCUCGCCUCUCUGAGCACGCUAGCGCCUAGGUCUUGGUAGAGGCGGUCCCGAGCCGCAACCUUCCUGUCGAAAGCCUUUCUCGAGUGCCGGCUGAUCGCCACCACCGUGACGUCAAUCAAGGUGGAGGUGUUCAACCGGUUGUGAUCUUGACGUUGCACCCGUGCGAACGUCGACCACGCUCGCUCCACCUUGGAUACGGUCGUGGGUUGAGAUAGCACCUUUACCGCGAUCUCUUGCAACGCCCUCACCUCCCCUCCAAAGGUGGUCCACCAUUCCGUCUCCGAGAACCGCCCGCUCUCCACAAGGUGGGUGGUGGCCCAUCGUGCUUCCAAACUGCCCAAAGUCCCCUCCCCGAUAUGGUAGUGGAGGAGUGUGCGGCGCUGAAUGUCCGGCUCCCACGCCUCUGUCACCCUUUUCACCCCCUUACCAAUAUCCGAGUCGGUCCUCACCUCCUCGGCAAAGUGGUUAAGGGGGUUGAGGAGCCAACCCACAGCAUGGAGCGGGUUGUGGAGUUGGCCGUCCCAACGUGCUGCUAUGAUCAUUUGCACCUUGGUCAAGAACGAUGCCUUGUUCUUGGCCAAGAGUAGCCCCGUUCUCUUGAUGAAAAAUGUGGCUGGGAAAAAAAACGGAGAACAACGGUUUGAGGCGGUUUAGUAAGGGCCGGAAAGGUAGGGGCUGCAUAUUGUCCUCGACCGUACAAAAAAGGUACGCAACGGAG